ACACUCCUCAAAUUGAAAGUAGAAACCGGUAGUUGACCGUUAACCACGGCUCCUUUUAACAUGAGUUUUCCAUCGGCUAGAUCUAAAAAACCGCGAAAUAUAUGCCAAAGUAUUAUUAAUAAAGAGUAUCUAACCGGAAAGGUAACGAGAAAAAAUGUUUCAAUGCUCAAGAGACUCGUUUGUGAUGAAACUGCAAAAUUUCAAAAAGUUUGGUCUAAAUCUUCAUCAUCUAAAAUUCAUCAUGAAAAUUCGAGACUAUACUUUAGUCAUUACAACCAAGUAUAUCAUUGGGCAGGAACUGAAAGGGGACCUCGACGUCUUUAUAAACUAAAUUUACAUGGUAAAAAGAUAAUAAAUAUCAUAUCAUCAACGAGUAUAUCAAGGGAUGACUACGGAAUAUCAUAUCCUGCAGUUAUGUAUGUUCUUACAAAAAAAUGUUUAUACGAGAUUGAUUGGCAUACUGGAAAAGUGCUUAGAAGGGUAUUUCUCCAUAAGCAAUUCGAAUUUAGAGAUAUUCAAUGGAAUGUUAAUCAAAAAACAAUCGCUAUUCAUUCGAAAAGUUUUAGGUGGCAAAGUGAAAAUCAGAUUAUAGAUAAUAUCGUUGAUAUUCUUGUUAGUUUUGAUCUACUCUUGGUAAUGAAGAGUCCUAGUACAAUACUAAUUUAUGAUUUUCGCGAUAUUCUUAAAAAAGGUAAAAGAUUCGACGCUGAAUUGGGGGAAUUUUGUCCCGAGUUUAAUGGAGUUGUCGGAAGUGAUGAAGAUGGUCUUCCGUUUAAUAUUAGUUGCGAUGAUCUUCCACCACCUUUAUUUGAUGUCCUUAGUGAGAAGCAUUCCUUCGAAAUUGGAGGUUUUCCCUACUCAUAUAUAUGUAUGCAUGAAAAUCAUUUUAAAAUAGAAACCUUGAGAAAUAGAACACUUGUAAUAGAAAUUCCAACUGGUAAGAAUUUUAUUGAAGAUGACAAGUGUAAUUUCCAUUCGGACGAAUCGGGACGGAUAAUCUUUACAAAUUAUCAUCUUGUUCGAUGCCUAAAGCAGAGUCAUGGGACAGACGAAUUUAAAGAGUCUUACACAAUUACGGCAUCUCCUCCUGAGCAAAGCGAAGAACAGAAAGUUAUUAUACCACUAAUGGGCUAUGAAGAUGAUUUGGAAGUAUUAUAUCUGGUUGUAUUAGAUGAAAGAACCAGUGAAUGUGUUCUUUCCUUGUACGACGAUAAUAACGGUUCUCUGUUGACAAGUUUCCCCUUGGAAGAAAAAUGGGACGAAAGCGCGGAGCACGAAAUUAUCUUUGACAUUGAAACGUUUAUACAUCUUGUCAAUGUGACAUCUGGUCGCAGUCAUUGCUACCUUUAUAAAUUUAAUAGGAAAUACUCGGGAGUAAGGACAGAAAAGAAAGCUAUCAAGUAA